AUGUUCACCUCACUUCGACGCGCUGGAACGCGCUUUGCUGCCCGGAAUGUCACAACAAAACCGUCCGAGUACGGCCAACCGACAUUCUUAUCCCACCCACAUCUUGUGAAGGAGAAUGAGACGACACCGGGCAUUCCAGCUUCCGAUUAUGAGCAGAGAAGGAGGAGACUUAUGGAGUUGCUUCCAGAGAAGACCAUCGUCGUCUCGGUGGCGGCACCAGUGAAGUACAUGUCGGCCAAUAUCUUCUACAAGUACCGACAAGCCUCCGAUUUCUGGUAUCUCACUGGAUUCGAAGAGCCGGAAUCAGCGGUUGUCCUUGAGAAGACCUCGUCAUCAAAAGGCUAUAGCAUGACGCUCUUUUGCUCAGGCAGGAACGCCGCGAAAGAGAAAUGGGACGGAGCGAGCACAAGUCUCUCCUCAGCCAAAAACCUCUUCCACGCAGACGAGACUAUGCCAAUUUCUAACUUUGCUUCCCACCUAAAAGCGAUCCUCCCUACCUCGUCACAUGUUUACGUCGAUCUUCCGAACCCAACCUCCUGGUCAUCACGCCAGAAGGGAAAGGGCCUCCUGAAUUACCUCACCGGCUCGGUAUCUUCCCUGACUUCAAUGGGCGGUGUGGAUAGAGAAGAGGUCAUGAAGCACCUCUCGGGCUCGGCACAGAGACCGUUGGCACCCCAGGUAGGGAAGCUGCGUGUUCUCAAGAGCAAGGCAGAGCGGGAGGUCAUGAAGGCUGCGGCGGACAUAAGUGCGAAGGCCCAUACCAAGACGAUGCGCUUCACGCAACCGGGAAUGUCAGAGAGCGCCGUGGCAGGUCACUUUGAGUAUCUGUGUACCCUUGGAGGAUCACAGAGGCCGGCAUAUGUUCCUGUUGUGGCCUCAGGACCUAAUUCCCUUAUCCUUCAUUAUACAGCUAAUAAUCAUACAAUUGGAAAUGACGAGCUUGUUCUCAUCGACGCUGGAUGCGAAUACAAUGGAUAUGCCUCCGACAUAACGCGCACUUUCCCCGCGUCCGGCACCUUCACGUCUGCCCAACGAGAAAUCUACUCCGCUGUCCUCUACACCCAAAAAGAGAUGAUCAAGCUCUGCACGGAGUCCUCGGGCUACUCUCUUCAAGAGCUCCAUAAGCAAUCUUGUGAACUCCUGAGAGCCGAGCUGAAUAGGAUUGGGUUCGAGUUGAAAGGCGAGGGUGACUUGGAAAGGGUGUUGUAUCCCCAUUACUUGGGUCACCCAAUAGGAGUUGAUUUGCACGAGUCGGCAUUUUUCGAAAGGGCGGCACCACUGCGGGAAGGGAUGGUUAUUACAAUCGAACCCGGCAUCUACGUACCACCAACAGCCAAAUUCCCAAAGCACUUUCACAAUAUCGGUGUUAGGAUAGAGGACGAUGUUCUCGUUGGGGAGGAACAUCCCACUAUCUUGUCAGUAUCUGCGCCGAAGGAGGUUGUCGACGUGGAAGGCGCUUGCCAGGGAUUGCUCGGCCUCGAGCCCUACUGA